AUGUCAGAGCCAGGAGUUUCGCACUCGCCCAUUGCUCGUUCACUUCUGCAACACAAGACGAGAGACCGUGAAUGCCUAAGCGACGACCCCGAGCCCAACUUGAUCAGAUCGAAGAUCAUGUGGGACUACCUACAGGUUGCCCAUACACUUCUUGAUUCAUACUUGACGAUUCCGCUGGAGACCUUUCCAUCCCUCGCCUUCAUCUCCAUGCUUAAUUUCGCUUUGGGCAUUGUCAACGGCGGCGCACUUCUUUGCUUAGACAACCAUGAUCUGGGAGAAAUCUCGACUUGCCACACACCCUUCAAUGCUUCAGCGAACUGUUCGAGGAAGCAACCCGACUUGGUCAUCCACGAUGUGGUACUAUGCUAG